GUCUAUAUUAAUUAAAGAUCUACAAAACAAUCCAGCCGAAGAAACUUAUAAUGAUAAUCAGGAGCCAAGUAAUUCAGAUGACGAUGUACUUGAAGAAGAUAAUCUUGCAAAUUUUUCUAACAGGGUUCUUAAUAUGUUUGAAAAUGAGUAUAACGAAUUUGAUAAUUAUUCGAUUACUUAA